UGACAAUGAACUUCUGCCGUAUUCUGAGGGCUACCAAUUCCCAUCUCUGGAAGAGAGCCUGUACAAAGGUGACUGCCUCGUCUGGCGUGGAGCAUUAUCUCAUCUGGAAGAGGGACAUUUCCAGCGUCAAGGAUGAUGAUCUAUCCAAGACUCAAAAGUCGAAGAUGUUCAAGAAACUGAGGUAUCGUAUAGAGACGGAAGCUUAUAGGACAGUGGAAGAGACGUUAAAUAAGUUUACCAAAGAAGAUGGAGUUUUCAUCACUCAAGUAGAUCUCUUUGGCUGGGCUAAGUGUCUCGACGAGGACGGAAAACAUCAACACGCCUACGAGAUCUUUGAGUGGGUAAAGAGAAAGAAAAUGACAUUGUCUCCGUCCGAGCUUGAAACCUUUGUUGCUCAUGAUGCGGUCAAGGCUGCCAAAACACCGAGGAAGAAGAAGAAGAUGAUGUUCGAGGAACUUAUGGAUGUUAGUGAGAAGGGAGGGGCAGUAGAAGAAACGUUAAAUGCGUUUACUACAAAGGAGGAGGAAUAUGGAGUUUCCAUCACUAAAGAAGAUCUCGUUCGCUGGUCUAUACUUAUCGACAGAUAUGGAAGACCUGAGAUCUCGGUCCAGAUCUUUGAGUGGAUGGAGAAAAAGAAGAUGAAAUUUACUCCCUUCCAGCUUGCAACCUUUGUGGAUUUUAUUGACAGGGUUCAUGGCAUAAGAGCGGCUCUAGACUACUUCGAAUCUGUAGACCCAGACUUCGAUAACAUGGACUAUGAAGCCAAGAACUGGCCUGCUUACGAUUUCCUUGCGAGAAGCAUGUCCAAAAACUGGAAUAAGCGACCUUGGUGAGUCUUGUCUUGAUCUUAAUGAAGCCACGGCUUUCAAACUUAAUUGCCUAUGUAUUUGUACUACACUAGUAGAUUUUCAUGAACCAAAUAAUUAGGAUGAAUUCAUUUUAUUGAUAAUUUUCAAUUUUCUUAGAAAUUUACAUUGUGCAUAUAGCAGUGCCCUACCGUUGCUCUGUUUUUGUUUAGUUCCUCAUUAUCGUCAUCCCAUCUCUUGAUGCAUUCAGUCUAUGUCACUUCUCAACUUUUUGAAACUUUGUAGUCCAUAUGAGAAGCUCCUUCAGUGAUCUUUAUUAAUGAUCCCGGAGUUUCACUCUUUCGUGUCUAUGUU